ACAACUAAAUCUAAACUCAAUUACUCAAGCGCCUACAGCCAACAAAGGUAUCAAUCCUUCUUUAAAUCAAUGUAAUGCAAAUUCAAUUUCUAUUACCAUUUCCCCCAAACAGAAUAGUGUCACGAUUUAUCAAUUAAUCCCUGCAAAAACAAAGAAUAAAAAUCUUCUGAAAAAUGAGUGGUGAUACCAGCAGCACAGAGUUUUGUACAAUUGAGGCCAGCGACGGCGUCAAGCUCGACGCCCGGAUCUUCAAGCCAAAUGCGGGAGACGGAGAGGGCGAUUUGGUAUUUGUACUCGUACACCCCUACUCCAUUUUGGGAGGUUGCCAAGGCCUCAUGAAGGGAAUGGCCCGUGGGCUGGCCAAUCGUGGCUUCACAGCUGUCACCUUCGACAUGAGGGGCGCCGGCAGAUCCACCGGCCGUCCAUCUAUCACCGGAUUCUCCGAAGUUAACGACGUAGUUUCCGUCUGCCAAUGGGCCACCCGGAAUCUCAAUGCUAACCGUAUUCUCCUCAUUGGUUCUUCAGCUGGUGCAGCAAUUGCUGGCUCUGCAGUAGAUCAAAUAAAGGAAGUCAUUGGCUUUGUGAGCUUGGGAUACCCUUUUGGUUUAACUGCUUCAAUCCUGUUUGGAAGACACCACAAAUUUAUACUACAAUCCUCAAAACCAAAACUUUUUGUAAUGGGUACGAAAGACGGUUUCACCAGUGUAAAACAACUGGAGAAUAAGUUGAGAACUGCUGCAGGGCGAACCGAAACCCAUCUAAUUAAAGGUGUUAGUCACUUUCAAAUGGAGGGUCCUGAUUUUGAUGCUCAGAUGGUGAAUCUGAUAGCUGAAUUUAUUGUGUCACUCUGAGAGUAUGUAAUAGCCUCAUUUUGUACAGCAGAUGGCUGCUAAACUGAAGACAGGAGAGAGAUGGUGUGAUUAUUAUUCAGUUCAAGAUGUGGAAACAAUUUACGCGUACAAUCUUGCUAUAAUCAGAUUGACGAUUUCUGUAGUGAUUGUUGUAAAGUUGAAGAUGUAGAAAUGAUUUACACGUGCAAUCUCACUGCAACCGGAAAGAUGCUCUCUGUUCCAUCACUUAAA